CACCUCUUGCCAUGAAUCUAUGCUCCACAUGGGAGUGUGCUGCUCCCAGUGGGAGUGAGCUGUUCCAGGCUACCUCCAUCCACCAGUGCCCAGUGCUGUGCUUUUUCUAUGCAAGUUGUGUUAUUGUAGAUGCUAAUGUCUUCUCUAACUGUUUGUUUUCUGUACCUCAUAGCUUUGUUCUUUAUAAGCUCUUUUGUUUUCUGCCACUCCGUCACUGCGUUUCUGCUGCCCCUCCCUCUAGCUGGGUUUGUCAAGUCGCCCAUGUCAGAAACUAAACUCGCGGGGGACGCCUUUGAACUGUACUGUGAUGUGGUUGGGAAUCCCACUCCAGAGAUCCAGUGGUGGUAUGCUGAAGUCAACCGGGCUGAGUCUUUCAAACAGCUGUGGGAUGGUGCUCGGAAGCGCCGUGUCACCAUUAACACUGCCUACGGGGCGAAUGGGGUGAGUGUGCUGAGGAUAACCCGCCUUACCUUGGAAGACUCUGGGACUUACGAGUGCAGGGCCAGCAACGAUCCCAGGAGGAAUGACUUGAGGCAAAAUCCCUCCAUAACGUGGAUUCGAGCCCAGGCUACUAUAAGCGUCCUUCAGAAGCCCAGGAUCAAUGCCAGCGAGGAUGUAGUCAUUCAUCUGUACGGGCCGGCUGUCACAUUGCAGUGUAACCUCACCACAAGUCCCAGCCCCCUUUCUGCCAGUUACUGGGUGAAGAAUGGAGAAGAGAUUCCUGGCACUAGAAAACCUUCAAACACUACAGAAUACAAGAUUUUGAAGCCCAGAGCAGAAGAGUCAGGGGAAUACUUGUGCGUGUUUGUGUUUUCAAACUCUCCUAUAGCCAACGCCACUAUAGAAGUGAGAGCUAUUCCUGACAUCACCGGCCACAAGAGGAGCGAAAACAAGAACGAGGGGCAGGAGGCACUGAUGUACUGCAAGUCUGUGGGCUUCCCGCACCCCGAGUGGGUCUGGCGCAAGAAGGUCAAUGGUGUAUUUGAGGACAUCAACAACUCCUCGGGCAGAUUCUUUAUUUUAAACAAAGACAACUACACUGAACUCAGCAUCACAAACCUACAGAUAAACGAGGAUCCUGGCGAGUACCAGUGCAAUGCAACCAACCAGGUCGGCUCUGUCUCGGUCACAACCAUCCUGCGUGUCCGCAGCCACUUGGCUCCCCUCUGGCCCUUUCUGGGGAUCCUGGCAGAGAUUGUUAUCCUCGUUGUCAUCAUAGUUAUCUAUGAGAAAAGGAAGCGGCCGGAUGAAGUCCCAGACGAUGAUGAACCAGCUGGGCCAAUGAAAACCAAUUCUACAAACAAUCAUAAAGAUAAAAACUUACGCCAGAGAAACACAAAUUAAAAAUGCUUAUCAUGUAAGUAUGACCUGCGGGCACCUCUGCAAUGGGCAGGCUAAACCCUCCUCUUUCUGUAGUGCUUGGGGUGCGUAACAGAACCUCCUCCCUGCAUUAAAACACUGCGGGCUGCUCGGCGAACGGCGCUGGCCCUUUGCGCCCCGCUGUCCAAAGAUACCCCAAAUCACACAGGUAGUUUAAGAACCCACAAGGCGUCAGGCUCUACAUCAUCCCUACUAUUGCUCCUUAAACAAACCCCAACCCCUUCCUCACUCAGUGUUAAAAUCCAGAAGCGAUCCAGUCGGGAAGCCUCUAUUUGACCUUCAUUGAGCGCUCUGUUUGCACGCUGUUUGAACCGUUCCCACCGCUGCCGGGCAUUGACUAGCACCUUUUCUCAUUUCUUUUUUAGAGCUUUAAGUUUCUGAGAGACUGAUGGCAAUAUGACCUGCUAAAUUUAAGGGUUGGAACUCUUGGUUCUAGAACUCCAGUUCUGUCUGAUUUUAUUUUCAUUUAUUUUUCUCCUUUUCAAGUGAGCAACGAUAUGACUGUCUAAAGCAUGCCUUAUUUAGCCUCUCUGCAAGGAUCACCUAGCCAGAUACAUUUUAAUAAUGCUUCAGUGUAGAAGGUGUAAACUAUUUUGGGCUUUGAUGUGCUGUGAAUGUUGCUUUUCUUCUUUUUCUUUUUGCCCUCUUUUCCUUUCUUUUCCCUCCUGGAUCUAUUUAACCGGUAGAGGUAGUUCGGCGGGUCCCGCAUGCGCUAUUUUUUACUUCCUGUAGCUGUUCAAACGGGCUCUGAACCGCACCGCUGCCAUCUAGUGAGACUUUUUGUAAAGUACAGCAAAACUGAAAAGAUAUAUACAGUAUAUAUUUAUAUUUUGGGGGAGGAGGGGGUAAAACCAAAAUCCAGUAAUCGUGUUUCAUUUUUAAGCUGCUGAUAUUUCAUUCCUUACUGUAUGUCUGAAAGAUGAGAGAAUUCUAGUGUGCUGGUACUCGGAGAAGUAAUAUAAAUUGAAAUUAUCUUAAGGGCUUAAUCUAUAGAGAGAGACUCGGGUGUCCUAUGAUCAGACUUCCAGAGGCAAAAGGGUCGGACGUGGUGGUGGAAUGCAGUGGAAAACAAAAACCUUCAGUUUAUAAAUAUAUAUAUAUGAUUGCUUUUUAAGUGAUGAUUUUUUUUUUUUGUUAACUCAUGUAAAUUCUCAACUCCUUUUGCACUGAUGUGUUCAACAUAUUCUUGUACAUUCAAUUCAGGCAAACUUUUAUAAUUUUCUUCUUUUUUUUUUUUGGGUUUUGUUUAAAUGAUGAAAUGUUACAGCAUGGUGAUAUUCUAUGCAACUAGUUAUACUCUUCAGUUUGACACUGUAAUUUCUCAUGAUUUAAAGAUUGUAGAAAUAGACCUAACAGGGUUCUCAUGAUGUGCGUAACUGUAGAUGCAUGAACUUGUGUUCUGUGUAUUUGUUGAAGUGCAAUGAUGUAUAAAAAGUGGAUUCACCUGUUUUUAAAAAUAAAACACUGAC